GUCCAGUGAUCUUACUGAAGGAAUGGUGGUAUAAUAGGUUCCUACAAAGUAACUGAUGUCCUUUUUCCAACUGGGGGAAUUUGAGCAGUGGACUGUUAUCUUACAGACUGACAAGGUCCUAUUUGGAUUCUAAUCUAAUUAUUCGACAGGAUACUUUGGUUGAAGAACAUGGCUGAUUCUGCUUUUCCAUUACCACCAGACUCCUUUUGUCCACUAUGUGCUGAUGGACUAAGAGAUCCAGUCACCAUUCCUUGUGGUGACACUUACUGCCUGGAGUGUAUCAAGAUCUACUGGGAUCAGUUCGAUCAUAUGGGUGUGUACAGCUGUCCUCAAUGCCGUGCAACUUUCACGCCGCGACCUGUCCUGAGACGCAAUGUGCCAGAUGUUCAGCACGAACAUGAGCCCCGCCAGCAGCUUCCAGAGCUGACUCCCUUUCCUUACAUGCACCGUGAAUCCUACUGCGACUUUUGCGUUGGCCGCCGCAACAGGGCCGUCAAGUCAUGCCUCAUGUGUCUGGCCUACUACUGCGAAACUCAUGUCAAGCCUCAUUAUGAAUCCUCUACAUUCAAGAGGCACAAACUAGUGGAUGAGACGGGUCACCUUGACAGGAAGAUCUGCCCCCAGCAUGAGAAAGGCCUGGAGCUGUUCUGUCGGUCCGACCAGAUGUGCAUCUGUGUGCUGUGUACUGUCAGGGAGCACCGCAGCCACAAUAUUGCCUCAGCAGAAGAAGAGCGUAUUGAUAAACAAGUAAGUUCUAGCAAUGUUAAUUCUGCUCAGCGUGCACAGACGGAAAGUGAUAAAACCUUCCAUGAAAUGCUGCAGGCAGUCGAGCGUUGGAAAUCUGAAAUCAAUCAGAUGAUAAUGGCCAACAUGCAGUCAGCCAUGAAUCAGGCUGAAGGCUAUGUUGAGCGCCUUGAACAGGAGAUUAUGGAGCUGCAGCGCCGAGAUGCUGAGCUACGACAGAUCCUGGAAACAGAAGACAACAUUCAUUUUUUGCAGAAUUUUCCAACACUAUGCGUCCCUCCCGAGGCCAUGGUACCUAAGGUCCUGAUCAAUCCUCAGUUCUCCUUUGGAGAAAUAAGCAGAACAGCAAUAGAGAUGAAAGAAAAUCUUGAUGACAUCUGUAAAAAGGAACUGAGCAAGAUCUCCAAGACAGUCAGUGAAACACCUGUGUACAUACUUUUGCCAAGAAAUGGGGAAAAACGUUUGAAAGUUCCUUCCAAGGUUGAUUUUCAGGAGCCAAAAUCCAGAUCAGACUUCUUGAGAUAUGCCUGCAAGCUUUCCUUCGAUCCAAACACUGUCUACAAGGAACUUGUGUUGUCAGAUGGGAAUCAGAGAGUCACCCGAAAGAAAACAACCCAGUUUUAUCCAGACCACCCAGAACGAUUUGAUGGCUUUUCCCAGGUGCUGUGCAAGGAGGCUCUUUCUGGUUUCAGGUUCUACUGGGAGGCAGAGUGGAAUGGGGAGUUCUCCAUAGGUGUAGCCUACAAGAGCAUCAGUCGGAAGGGCAAGAAUUCACACAGCCUUCUGGGCUAUAAUGACAAGUCAUGGAGUCUUCUGUGCUCUGAUUCAGGGUACUCAGCCUGGCACAACAAAGCAGACAAAGAUCUCCCCAGUGCUCCAAGGGCCACAAGAAUAGGUGUGUACCUGGACUAUGCAGGCAACACUUUGGCCUUCUAUUCAAUAUCGAAUUCAAUGGAGCUCAUCCACAGAUUCAGAGCUCAGUUCAGUGAGCCUCUGUAUGCUGGGUUUGGGGUUGGCUCCUCUGUUACACUUUGCCAGUUGAAGCAGAACUCUAUGCCUUAUACUUAAACAAAGAUCAAUGUUUAAUUUUUCUGUGCAAAUCUUACUGUAAUGAUAUUCAAUAUUGCUCGAAAAAUUAUUCAUGAUAUGUAAAAUAUUAUCUAUCAGAUUAAGAGAUUUAGAAUAUGAAAAAUGUUAUCACCUUAAUAGACACUUAAACCUUUUAACCAAAGUCAGUUAUCUAUUCAAUAUAUAUUAACUUUUUAUUUAAACAGUAGAAUAAUUUUGCUACCUGCCAAAUGUAAGUAGUAAGUAAAGUAUACUCUUUUUAACCCUAAAUGAAACAAGAAUCAACUUAUUUUACCUGCUGUUUAUUAUAGAAGAAAUGCUGUACAGUGUAAAUGACUGUAAUUUUUAUUUGUAGUUGUUUGAUGUGGCUAGAAAUGCAACAACAAAAUAAAGGAGAAUUAUCUUAAUAAAUAAAAUGGAUUCAGUUCCUAACCUUUUACAUUCAAAAUGGGUUUAAGGUUAAAAUCUAUUUAGUCAUGAUCCCAGUACAAUGCUUUGUCACUGCAUCUCUAUAAAUAUUUCUUUGUAUAUUUUAACACUGCUCAUUUUCAUUUUAAUCAGUAUAUUACUUCAUCAGUGAUAAUGUUCAAUGUGUGGAUAAAAUAUCUACAGAAAUCAUUUAUGAAUUCCAUGUUUUUUGUUCAGAAAAAAUCAUUUAUGAACUGUAUUGAGAGAUUAUUGUCUAACU